AGUUGUGUAUGUGGUAAUUCUCAAUGGAAAAAAGUCCUUUGGUUGACAAACUUUCCCAGAGCUCUCGCUAGAUUCCCUGCAAUGCGCGGCGCUGGCACUGGAUCAAUAGUCUCGCCUUUAUGUAGCCCAAUGUGCAGCUGGACCUGAGGCUGUUAACUCUUGCUUGGCAAGCUCUCCAGAAUGUUUUUAUAAAUAUAAAUAUAUCUGCUUUUUUUAGUAGUGUUCAUCAAAACAUUGAGCAGUCCCAGUACUUUCAGUUAAAAAAAAAUGCACACAAGUACAGCAAAUAUGACUAUGACAGUGGAGCAUCCUUCCCACCAUCCUGAAGAUUUAUGGGUGUUCCAAGUUUCUGCCGCUCUUUUGGCAACCUGCUGUAUAGUAGGAAACGGCCUAAUGGUGGCCGCUUCUUUGAAUGCACGACGUAUUUGUCGGAUGACCUCAAAGAACAGCUUAUUUUUUAGCCAAUCUUGCGGACUACUCAUCUUUUCUCCAAUCUCCACAUUGUACCCUGCCAAAUUAGCUGCUUUUCGAUAUUCGCCUAGCCCAUCUGCAGCAACAGUUUCAGUCUUAUCCGGAUCAACCACUUGUUUGGGUGUAGGUUCGCUGCCACUGGUGAUAACCACCUUAGCCCCGGCUGUUCACACCUUGCUCCUCUCGCUCGACCUCUACCUUCCGUUGGUUGACUGCCUGCUCGAGUGGCAGCAUUUAGCUGCAGUGGCUGCUUUUUCAUGGUUACUUGUGAUCCUCGUUGCCCUUAUGCCCUUGCUAGGAUGGAAUUCUUGGCGAGGUCUCUGCUACAUACCCCUCGUGUGGACAACAAAAUACUCAGGACUUCUAUCAAUGCUGCACAUUCUCAUGGCCAUGGCCUGUGCAUACCUGCUGCUUGGAAUGUUCAUUCAUAGCAGACUUGGAAAAGAAUCAGCCCCUCAAGACGAAAAACCUUCCACAGACUCGACGAUCCACGUCCUUCCGCCCUGGGAGGCCAAAGCACGGCUUAUGUGCAUUCUCGUACUUCUGCUUUGCACACUGCCCAUGCUCCUGGCCGUACUGGUUCACUCUGAUGUCCUGACUAACCAACAACCUGUUUUGCUACAACUAGCAUGGCUGGCAAGACACGACUCAGUUUUGCCAUGGUCUCUUCUAUUGGCCAUCCUUCCAGCAGCUCUUCUUCCUUUGUUCUGUGUAGCUGCUGAGCCGUAUUUGUGCGCAGCCCUGAGAAAUCUUGGCCACCGAUUCAGUUGCUAUGGUCUGGCCUACGUUCGACCCAGUAGGCACACAAGGAGGCACAGAAAUGUUGUCACCCCAGCGUCUGAGGAGGACUAAGAAAUUCUUGCUUUUUAAAUAUUUAUAAUUUUUUUGCUACUAUCUAAUGAAGAAUGAUUAUAAGCAAUCAGUUUAGAGGAAAUAUUGAAUUUGCGCUACCAAAAUUUAGCGGAAAAAAUUAACAACAAUAAAAGUUAAAAUAAUGCAUUUUGUCACACUUUAUUUUUAAGGAAAACUUUGUAAUAGCAAAGCACAAAAAUUUGCUCCACAAAUAUUAUACAAUUUGGGUGUCUCACUAUUGUCAUAUGGUUUCACUGAUCAAAUAUUGAUCAUAUUUCAAUAAAAGAGGAAAAAUAAAAUAUAUUCAAUGUAUGUCAAAAAUACCCAACAAAAAGGAACAAAAGAUCAACUUAGUUCCCAAGUCUACAUUUUAAAAAUUAUGAAAAUUAACUCAUUUGGAACAAAAAAGCUUCUAAUUAACAUUUGGAUCUUAAUAAAAUUUAAUUUUAAAAGUUAUUAAAUGAUGUUAAUAUUUGUCAGAAAUAAUAAAAACCUUAAA